GUGGAACAUAGUCACAAGUAGCAUGAAUGUGUGUUGGGGAGGGGAGGGGAUGGGAGGGGGCUAGACAAAGGAAAUAUAAAAUAAAUUUCAAACAGGUUUUAAAUAUCUUGUUUUUCGGCUCGGAACCUAGAUUUCUUGCGAGGUGGGGGGGUGGGGGUUACAUCAGUCUUGAAUGAACAUUAGAAUAGUUUAAAAAAAAAAAAAAAAAAAAUAGAACAAGAAGAAAAGAAGAAGAAAAAAAACCCAGACCUCUCGACAUCCCCCUGGAUCCGCGCCUUAUUUCAGAAAAGAUACGCUAAUAAAUCUUAUGUUUGUCCCUACAGGUGUGCCAUACAUUCCAAGUUACAUGGACCUAACCAAUGGUCCCGAGCCCUGCGUUGUAUGCGGUGAUGCAGCCACGGGCUACCACUACCGGUGCAUGACGUGCGAAGGCUGCAAGGGCUUCUUUCGGCGGACAAUACAGAAGAACCUUCAGUACCACUGCAAGUGGAGUAAGAACUGUAUCAUAGACAAGAGCACGCGCAACCAAUGCCAAGAAUGCAGAUUUCAGAAAUGUAUUAGAAUAGGAAUGGCCACCGAUCUGGUGUUAAACGAAAGACAAAGAACCGCAAAGAGAAAACUUAUAGAAGACAAUCGCGAGAGGCGGAAAACGGAAGAGGUUCGGACUAAAAUACGGAUUGAGGACUGCGAACCCGAUCAGCUCUCAGAACAAGACCGGUGUUUGAUAGGAGAAAUAUGUAUGGCUUAUGAAGCCACCCGGUUAAAAGUCAACAACGACAGAAUACAGAUGCCAAAUUGUGAUUCCGGUGAUGAUAACAGGACGGCAGAAUUGGAGGCGUGGCAGCAGUUAUCUGAGGUCAUGACUCCCUCUAUCGUCAAAGUUGUCGAAUUUGCCAAAGGUGUACCCGGUUUUAUACAGCUAAAUGUCGAUGACCAAAUAUUGUUGUUAAAGUCUUGUUGUAUGGAGAUUAUGUGCCUUCGUGCGGCCUGUCGCUACGACCCCACCAAUCAAACCUUAUUCCUUCCAAGUGGACUGACCAUUCACAAAGGUGCGCUUUACCAGGGUUCACUGGGAGUACUGGUGGAGCCUAUUUUCGAAUUCGCUACAGGAUUAUCUAAGCUGGAGUUAGACGAGACGGAAAUAGCUCUGCUCGCUGCUGUUCUUCUGAUGCAAUCAGAUCGCUCUGGUCUCAUGGAAGCAGAAAAAGUUGAGAAGCUUCAAGACGCCAUCUUGGGGGCGUACAAGAGAUACAUUGCCGAGAACCGACCCCAUCAGCCCGUGCAUUGGGCCAAGGUGCUCAUGAAGGUCACUGACCUCCGCACGAUCAGCACGCGCCACGCGGAGCGUGUGCUGUGUGUGAGGCUGGACUCUACCGGUGAAAUUCCUCCUCUGUUUCUCGAGAUGUUUGGUGAAACUGGAAAGUCAUAA